UUAAUCAUCUCUCUUUUUCAUUUAAACAAACUUCACCUUUAUUAAUCUCUCUCUUCACUUUCUUUAAAAGUUAAAAUAGUUUAUCUCAUCUUUCCUUACAUUAUUAAUUUAGUAACUUCAUCUCUAAUGAAUGGCGUCUUUCUUCUUGUGCUUCCAAAUCCAAUAUGGCUGACUCUCCCCCCCAACGCCAUCUAUCAACUUAACAUAUAACAGUUUAUCUCCACUAAAACACCACUAAUUGCUGUAUUUCCGUGUGAAUAUCGAGUGGAAUCCCUGAAAGAUGUCUAAAGCUCACCCACCAGAGUUGAAGAAGUUCAUGGACAAGAGGAUGAGCCUCAAGCUGAACGGGGGCCGCACCAUCGUGGGCAUUCUCAGAGGAUUCGACCCCUUCAUGAAUGUGGUGAUCGACGAGACGAUAGAGGAGUGCAGAGACGGUUCCCGCAACAAUAUUGGAAUGGUGGUCGUCCGGGGAAACAGCAUCAUCAUGGUGGAGGCACUGGAUAGAAUAUAGAAUACCGCUAUACAUUACCCCAACACGAAGUAAAGCAGGAGAGUUGAAAAGAUUGUUGUUUCUUGGGCAAC